CGUCAGAGGUUAAGGUCGUGUCCUCAUUCGUCCUAGAAAUGGACUUGUUGGGGAGUCGAAAGUUUGAGUGAGAACUUUUUUCUUUUAAUGUAAGUGAUAAAUGGAUAACAAAACGCCUUUUGGAAAGAUUGAGUAAGGAAACGUUCAGUUGCUGAGGAAUUCGCGUCUAAAGAACAGAGUAUGAAUCCUUGGGACGAAAGACACGGGAGGAUUUCUCGCCACCAAGGCGAAAGCUAUCGUGGUUACUACCAUGAACAUUCCUACGAUAACAACCAUUCUAUGGAGUAUUAUGGUCGGAGUGGUGAAAAUUAUCGCGAAGAGUUUGGUAUUUACGAAACUGUAGAUUAUGUAGAAGAGGAAAUGUACUACCGCAGGAGAUAUGGUUCCCAUGACAGGUCUUACCUCAGGGAAGAUGCUUACUUUGAACAGAUUAACAUGGGUGAUUAUUAUGGCUGGACACGCGAAUGUGAGAGGCCAGAAUUGUCGAGAUUCGAAUCAGGACAAGGCAUGAGAACGAGCUUUAGUGAAGAAGGAAACGAGGAUCUCCACAGCCAGUGUGAAAAAAACAGUACUGAUGAUAGUGACAAACUUUGCUUCAGCGACGAAGAUCUUGACAGCUGUGUUGACAGCAUCUCUGUUGACGACAGUUGGUUUCAGACAAACAAAAAUGCGCCAGACUCUGCUCCAGUCAUCAGCUUUGUAGACACGUGGGAGGUGUGGCUUAACCAAAGUGCCAACAGCAAGGAAGACUGUGUUCCAUUUGAGUGGUUCUUGAAUGAUAACACAGGCAACUAUAAUAACACCAUGGUUUACUCCCUGAAGCAUUGUGAUUCCUGUGAAACUUACUUCACCAAGAAGUAUGAUUUCCUACAACAUCUAAAACUUUGCAGAGUUUAUCCAGUGUGCAAAUUUUGCAAAAGGUCCUUCAGUAACCGUGCAGAGUUGCAGAGACACAUUACUGUCAGCCAGCAUCAAGUUGUGACCCGGGAAGACUGGAGGAGAGUGUCACAGGCAGAGUAUAUUAGGCUGUGUAGAGAGGGCAGAGUUUAUACAAGUGAAUACAUUUCUGUUAAGCAGCACCUGAGUAAAAGAGAAAACAAGCAGAACUGGCAAGGAAAAGGGAAGGCGAUAUUAAAAAGUCAAAACAACUCUUCCUUAAAACAUCCUGUUGGUGCAGCGUCAAAGUUCUCAUGCUCAGGGACAGAUGAGUCAGGAAAGAAAGGUUCUAAUUCUAGUUCAGUGGACUGGGAAAGAGCACCUACAGAAGGACUAUUUUGUAACACAUCUAAAACAUAUGAUAGUCAAGCACAUAUUCUACCAUUUCCAGAUGCCUUAGAAGAGGAGUUUAAAAAGAGUUCACAAGAAAAAUUUGUGACAGAGGACUUAAAUAGAGUAGAUACAAAAAAUCUUCAGACUGAUGAAUGCAACAACAAUGGACCUAACAAAACUGAAAAGGAAAACAUGGCAACACAAAACCAUCAUACUCUAUUUUUUUGUCAGAUGUGUAAUACUUAUUUCAUAUAUCUAAAAACUUUUAAAAAGCAUAGAGGAAAAUGUAGUGGGAAAAAUAUUUGCAAGGUUUGUUUCCAGAAUUUCAAGAAUUUCAAGCUGCUCCUUAAUCAUAUAAGAAAAGAAAAACAUGCCGUGCAGCUAGGUACUACCCACAUAAGUGCAAAUCAGAAAACCUUUCAAAGGCUCCUCAAUGCCAAUAGAAUUGCGCCGGGUGAUGUUUUAGAAUACCAAGAAAAAUCAAAGGAAAAUUUAACAAAACAAAUAUCUGAAACCAAGGAAGUGGAAGGUACACUUUCCACAACACCAGUGACUGAAGCAUGUGAAGAACAAACUUCUGUAGCAGGAAACAUGCCUAAGGAGAUGAUAGCCAGUGGCAAAUGUGAGGGAACAAUCAUACAUGAGAAAGAUAAUUCAUCCAAGGAGAAAAGUAAGAUAAUAGGCAAGGAGUGUGCAUCAAAAGAUAGCAGUGUGAAUUUGCCAGGAGAGGAACAGAUAAUCAAAACCAUAGCAGUAGAAAAAGAGACAUGCAAUGCAUUGGAAGACAACCAAAAACUAGUGGAUAAAGUCGGCAUCAGCAAAGGGGAAUUUCCUGUGACUCCGUCUGAAUCGGUGAUUGAUCAUAUCAAACAAAUGCCAGUGUCUCCAAGUGACAGUGGAUGUCAGAUGGAUGAUAUCUGCCAUGACAUUGAUAGCCCUUUUAUUGGCCUAGAUAUCAAGGAGGAACUACUGGAAGAAAGUGUAAAUACCACCACCUUCCGAGCUGUUGAUGAGAGAGAUAUGCUUGAAACAGUAAAUGAUAAUACUUUAAACAGAGUGAGAGAAACAUGUAGCACAUUAACAGGUGAAAAACUAAAACAAAAAGAAAGUUACAAGCCCCUUCCUAAAUCUGUAAAAAUAGCAAGGCUGGAACACAAAACUUCCUCGCUCUCAGAGUAUCUAGAAGUGCAGAAACACCCCGAGAGACAGGUCCGUUGUAUUAAGCUAAGACGAAGGACAGAAUAUUGUCCUGGUUGUAUGGAAUCGGUUGAUGCUACAUCAGCCAUUCUGAAUACAGAAACCUUUGAAGUGUCAAUGUGGUGUAAGACUUGUGCUUGGAGUAUACUCUUUACUGACUUCUUUCAUCCACAGUGAAGUCAACAAUAAAUAAAUUUGUUUUGAUAAAGUAUUUAUUUUGUAUUAGUUAUAAAAUUGUGCAAACUGUUUUUGGGUUUACAUUACACUGCCAUUUUGAAAUAUUAUUAUUUUUAUACCAUAGUCCUUCCCGACUUUGUCUUUAUCCUCAGUUACAGUUGGUCAUUAUCAUCAUUAUUGUUGAUCAUCCUCAUCCUCUUUUGCCAUGGUUUAAAGUUCAUGCCAAAAGUUUUAAACUUUGUUUCCAUAUUCUGUAAGAUUUUUUUUCAUAUGUAUUAGUACAACUUUGUCUCUAAAUAAAAUGAAUACCCCUUUUUUAAGGUCACUUUUGUAUACAUAAAUAUGUUUAUUUUGUGUUUGUCAAUAUUUUUUAUAUGAUGCACAAUUUUUAUAAAUGUUAUUUCAUUUACCAAAUAAAAUAAUUUGACAUAAAUGUAUUAUCAGAAUAUUAUUACAUAAACAAAUUGAUCAUCGUCUCAAAUGGUCGCUGAUAAAUGUUGCUGUUCCAAGUGUAUUUUCCUAUGUAUGCAUCAAUUUAUUUCUCUGAAGCUGAUUGUGGUCAGUUUCUGAUUUGAUUGCUAUAUAAAUAGUAUUAUUUUGCAAUUCAUUUGAAUAGACUGGUUGAUCAUUCUUUUUAGUUUCUCUAUUUUAUACCUUUUCUUAUCAACCUUUAUUUUACUUUUUAAUACAAAGCUACUGUAAAAAACAAUAAUAAGAAAAGUAAAUUUUGCAAAGAUGAUUCAAUUUGCUUCACAUUCUUUCUCAUAAACUAUUGAUUUUAUAUUUAUUUAUUGUCAAAUGUAUUUCUGAUGAGACUGGGCAAAUACAUAUCUUGUAUUGUGAACUAUUACUUUAUGUAAUAAACUUAAUACAAUGAA